GCCGUUGCCCCCGUCUCUGACUCACCAAUUUCCGCAAACCUCCUCUCUCUCAGCUCUUCGAAGAAGUAGAAAAGUCUUCCGUUUUGCACUGGUCCCCCGGCCCACGGAGUUUUCCAUCCUGUACUGUACAUCCUGGUUGUCCUAUAUAUUACUCUUAGUACACUCCUAAUUGUUCGAUGCGCUUAUAUUGUCUUGUUUUAUUAAUUUGGUUUCAUCAAUCUGUUUUGCCAGUCCAGAAUUGAACCUCCCAAGUGAUUGUCUUCAACUUUGUCAAUAUUUGAUUCUAUUUGUUUGUCUUUCGGUUCCAGUUCGGAUUCUGCGUCUCUCUUCCACCUUCGUUCGCUUUGUGUUUAGUUUUUUCUGCAUAUUAGGAGGUUUUCUGUUGAAUUUCGUUCGAAACGGUUUAAAGUUUAUAGUUCCGUAAGUAUAACUUUUUGGAUAACUUUUGUUUCCAAAAGUUGAGUUAAAAAGUUGCUGCUUCAAAUACCAUAUUCCUCAUUUUGUAUGUUCAAGUUAAUAACUUAUAAAUAGAUUUAUAGCAUAUGAUACAUUAAUUCUAGUUUAUAAUAAAAAUUACUUUGACAAUAUAAAGUUUCACAUCAAGAUGUUGUUAAUUUUACUUUUGUAAACAAAAUAUUCAUCUUAAUGCAAAUAUAUGCAAAUUUGGACUCUUUGGCCGUGGUGCAGGAAGAAGUAAUUCCUUGGGUUGACCAACUUUUCAGGGCUCGAUUCUUCAUUGGGAAAACCGUGUACGUUGUUAUAACCAAGAUGAGGAGUUUGGUAAUGAGAUGCUUCAGUUUUUGCAAGAACGGGGAUGUUGAGAGCCAAGGUUCCAAGAAGGAUGGUACAAUCAUUCCAAAAACGCUGGCCAAGUGCUACAAGCACUUCCAUUGGGAUGUGGCGUUUUUAGUGGUGUGCAUUGUUGCAAUAGCAGUGGAACCUAUCUUCUUUUAUCUUCCUGUCAUCAAGGAGGCUACCAAAUGCAUUGCUAUAGAUACCACUUUGAAAAUCAUUGCUAUUUGUGUGCGAUCGUUCCUGGAUUUGAUUGCUCUUGGGGAUCUGGUUGCAAGAAAAAAAAUAUAUAUAAAGAGCCAUGACAUGAUGAGUACUUCAGACUACGUAAUUAACAUUCUCAGCAUUCUUCCAGUUCCACAGGUUAUAGUGCCAAUUAUAUUUUUAGACAUGAGAGAUUAUAAAUCCCGGCACAGAAGGAAAGUCCUAAAUGCAGUUGUUCUUUUGCAAUAUGUGCCAAGACUUUUCCGUGUCUACAGAUUGUGGAAAAGAGUCAACGAGACUAUUGUUAAAAAGAAUGCAGAAAGCUCCAAGAAUAAGAUCCCAACCAAAGGUAGUAGUACCAAUAAAGUGAAUGCAGAAAGCAACAAGAAUAUGAAACGUUUUAUAGUGAUGAAAGCUGGAUUCAACCUUUUACUGUAUCUCGUUGCCAGUAAUGUACUAGGUGCUUUUUGGUACUUCGCCUCCAUCCAACGAGAGACCACGUGCUGGCAAUUGGCCUGCAAAAAUGAUAUUGGAUGUAGCAAGACUAGUCCUUCUUUUAACUGUGGUGAUGGUUUUGGAAAUUACACGUUUUUAAAUGAUUCUUGCUCUUUAGAAACACGAAAUACCCCUCUCUUUGAUUUUGGAAUAUUCCAAGAAGCCCGUCAAUCUGGUAUAUUGGCGUCCAAGGAUUUUUUCCGGAAGAACAUAUAUUGUUUUUGGUGGGGCCUGCGAAAUUUGAGUUCAUUUGGUCAAAACCUUGAAACAAGUUCUGAUUACUGGGAAAACUACUUCACAAUUUUAAUCUCGAUCUUUGGCAAGCUUCUGUUUUUAUACUUCAUCAGAAAUUUGCAGGUGUACAUGCAGUGGGAGACAUCGAUGGGAUGCAUGACCCGUGUUGUUAUCAUUCCGACGCCUCGAUUUCCACUUGUUCGUAUGUGGAAGUUGAGGGCGUCACAUAUAUCUAAGCUGUUGGAGGUGAUAUAUGAAGAGCAUGAUGAGAUAUCUAAGCUGUUGGAGGUCAUAUCUAAAAAGCAUGAUGAGAUAUCUAAAGAGUAUAAUGAGAUAUCUAAGCUGUUGGAGAAUUCUAACCUAUUGGAGACAUAUAAGCGGACUAAAUUAAUACGUAGCAUCGAGUGUUGGAUAAGCACAAUCGGACUCCCCAACAAGUUAAAACAGAUAAUCAUGAGCCAUACUGUGAACCCAAUACCGCAAGAUGAUCAAAAGAAAGAUAUUGAUACAGAGAAUCCAUUCUCUCAUCUUCCCACACCACUUGGAAGAUUGAUUAAGCUCCAUCUUUGCUUGCCCCUGCUAAGGACACUACAUUGUUCGAGAGGGAGAGCCACUGGAUACGAUGAUCUUUGUGGUGAAAGGAAUUGUGUGGACUAUACAAGUAUUCAUGGUGAUAAAACUGGUUGUCUUAAGAAAGGUGACCUCUUUGGAAGACAUCUUGUAGAAUGGGCACUGGAAUCCCCCGGACUAUCCGGCAUUCCCUUAUCAACAAGGACUCUAAAAUGUCAUACAAAAGUUGAAGCUUUUUGUCUUAUGGCUGGCGAUCUCAAGGAUAUGAUAUAUCAAUACUGGUGGAGAUUUAGCAAGUUCAACAACAUCAUCAAAUCUGAUUCAGAACAGCUAAAGCAUUUUGCAGCUUCAUGCAUCCAAGCAGCAUGGCGCUGUCAUGCCAUCUAUCCUAAAAACAUAUGUACUUGAAUGAGAUAAGGCUACUGCCGCCGGUAGCUCCCCAAGUAAUUUAGAUUAUAGUAUCACUUAAUAAUUAAUCUAAUAUUAUCAGAUACUCUUGCUAUUUAACGAAAGAUAAUAUAUAAUUUGUUUAAGCA